AAUUUGUUAUGCUUAUUUUGUUGGCCCAUGUUACUGUGUCACUGCUUUGUUAACUACUCGAUCGCUGUGUCGGUGUGUCCGACCUCGAGUUCUGCUCUCCUCUCUCUCUCACUCUCACUCUCUCGGAGACGAUCACACUUGUAGACAAAGCUCCGUUGUGGAACUCCGGUGAUUAUUUCCUCAAAGCCGAUCUCAGCCGUCCGAUGCUUCGUCGUCAGAGCUCAAUCUCACAGGUUAAUCUCCAUUAACGCUUCUCUUUUGGAGCUUUCUCUUUGUUCCAUUUCCGGAUCUACCACACAUUUUCACUCUCUCUCUCUCUUUUCUCGAAGAUUCUAAACCAAAUCUUCAAGUAAAUUUGUUCUUUUUCCCCUGUAAUCACUCUCAAUCGGUCACUAAUUCCAUUUCUUUCUCUCAUUUUAUCUCUCAAAAGCUAAUCUCUUUGUUUAAGAAAAUCGCUUUGUUUAUUUUCUCUCAAUCCUCUCCCAAUCGUCCUCUAAAGCACUUUUUGUACCUUUUCUCUUUGGCUCUCUCCAACAUUCCUUUUAAAAAAACAAAGAAAAUUCAUACCUCCGCUAAUUGCCCUUGGAUAAAGCUUGAAUUUACGAAAAUGCUUCGCUUCGUGGUCUCGUUUUUCCUCUGCUUCUCAACCAUUGCACCGAUUCUGAACUCUGUGGCUCUCCCGGAAAUGAUAACGUGCUCGGGGAUGGUACCGAUGAAUUACCGGAACGACAAGAUCUUGAUUACGGACUUUGGGGGUGUCGGUGACGGACGGACGUUGAAUACGAAGGCGUUUCGGGAGGCGAUUUAUCGGAUUCAGCACCUGAGGAGGAGAGGUGGCACGCUGCUUUAUAUACCUCCUGGGGUGUACUUAACGGAGAGCUUCAAUCUCACCAGCCACAUGACCCUCUACUUGGCUAGAGGUGCUGUUAUCAAAGCCACUCAGGAUACUGGGAAUUGGCCUUUAAUUGCUCCUUUGCCAUCUUAUGGAAGGGGGAGGGAGCUCCCCGGAGGAAGGUAUCAGAGUUUUAUUCAUGGAGACGGGGUUCGUGAUGUGGUAAUCACUGGUGAGAAUGGGACAAUUGAUGGCCAAGGGGGUGUCUGGUGGAACAUGUGGAGGCGGGGAACUCUUCAAUUUACUAGGCCGAGUCUCAUUGAAUUCAUGAACUCCAGAGACAUUAUCAUUUCCAAUGUAAUUUUCCAGAAUUCUCCAUUUUGGAACAUUCACCCUGUCUAUUGCAGCAAUGUUGUUAUCCGCUUUGUUACAAUAUUGGCUCCAUCUGACUCUCCCAACACUGAUGGCAUUGAUCCAGAUUCAAGCUCUCAUGUCUGCAUAGAGGACUCAUACAUAUCAACUGGAGAUGAUCUCGUGGCUGUGAAGAGCGGGUGGGAUGAAUAUGGCAUUGCUUAUGGUCGCCCAAGUUCCGACAUCACCAUCCGACGGGUAACAGGAUCGUCCCCAUUUGCCGGAAUUGCAAUUGGAAGUGAAACCUCUGGUGGGGUGGAGAAUGUGUUGGCAGAACACAUAAACCUUUUCAACAUGGGACUUGGUAUCCAUGUGAAGACAAACAGUGGUAGGGGAGGGAUCAUAAGAAAUAUUACAGUAUCUCAUGUGUUUAUAGAAAAUGCUCGAAAGGGGAUUAAGAUUGCAGGCGAUGUUGGCGGCCACCCCGACGACGGAUUCAACCCAAAUGCUCUCCCGGUUGUUGAGGGUAUCACCAUCAACAAUGUUUGGGGUGUGAAGGUUCUGCAAGCGGGUUUGAUACAAGGCAUCAAGAACUCCCCUUUUACAGGGAUUUGCCUCUCCAACAUCAAUCUUCACAGCUCCACACCAACCAGAUCAACAAGUCCUCCUUGGAAGUGUUCCGACGUCAGUGGAGGCUCUCAUCUGGUAAACCCAGGGCCAUGUUCAGAGCUGUCCAGCACCGUUCAGGAUAGUUCAUGUUCCACUGUCUUCUAAUACUCGGUAUUUAUAGUUUUUUUUUAAACGCUUUGAGUGAGCACAUGUUGGCAUAAUUUGGUAUCUACUUAAUGCAAAAUCUUAUAAAUUAAAUCUACCACAAAAACAAGCAAAUACACAUAAUAAGAGUCGCAUAUCCAUCCCAUAACACAUCUAUCUACAGGCAGGAGGCUCUCAUAUCAUACUUCCACAUCUCUCCCGGAUGCAAAAUUAUUUACAAAGCUAAACUCCCACGACAACAUGUUCCUAUAAAAACAAAAAUAAACAACCACGAAUAUAUAUAAUAGGUGUGUUACACACCCUUCUCACAUAUGAGGUGGAGUACACCCCAUAUAAGAGGGAGAGUAUGUAACCGCUGUUUUUUUAGCAUUUUCCUAUAUUAUAAACCACUGGUCACCCAAAGCUUCAAAACAGAUCCAGAAACUUGCUCACACUCUUCAUAAACCCAGACUCGUGCCCGUGCUCGUGAUCGUGAUGGUGAUCGUGCUCGUGAUGGUGAUCGUCCUCUCUCUCACUCUCAUCUCGCUCCACGUGUUGAUGGUGGUGGUGGUGCCUCUUCUUCAUGUGCUCGCUCCUCUCCUCGUCAUCAUCCUCGCGGUGGAACCUGUGCCCCGCGUGGCUCAAUCUAGCCCACAUCUCACGUGCUCCGCCCCGGAACUCCGGAUCCGGACGCGAAUCCUCCUUUGGGGGCAUGAUCAUGUCGUUUCCGUACGGGACCUCGCGGUCGGGGAAGCGCGGGCCCCACGGCUUGAACAUCUGGAUGUGGUUUUCGCGGCGGUGAUGGCGGCAACGGUGGCCUCGACGGGACGUUAACGGGAACGGGCGGAAGUGGCGGUUGACCGGACGGAAGCUGGUCGUUAUCAACGGCUCCGAUUUUGAUUCCGAUUCCGGUGUCUCGGCUUUGAAGCUGAUCAUGGUCAACGGCUCCGAUUCUGCUUCGGAUACCGUUGACUCGGCUUUCCACUCGACCAAGGUUGCGGCUUCGGACUCGGGUUGCUCGUUGGAGGGGAUGUACGUUUUGGGUGCCGGAUCUGGCAAGACGGCAUCUUUUUCGGACGGAUCUAUCGGAAUACGGGCAUGGCAGAGGGCGAGCAAGAAGAACGUGACGGCGACGGCGACGGAGAGUCGGGCCAUUUCUUUUGUGGUGGUUAGGGAAUAUGUGCGAGAGCAGUUAGUGGAAUGUAGCUCAUAUAUAUAGGGGGAGAGAGAGAGAGAGAGAGAGAGAGAGUGGUUCGGGCAGUUAGGGCAGGUGGUUUUAUUCGAGGUUUGACGGAGAUAGAGAAAGACGGGCAGCGGGCAACUGGGUUGACCGACAACGGGCGAUUUCGUCCGGGUCGGUGUGUGUGUGGGAUUCACAUUUGGGGCAGCCGUAGGUUGAUGCAGGAGCAGGCUACCUGCCUUGCGUACACGACAAAUACACAAUACGUGUGAGUUGACUUUGAACCUAUGGCUCACAGGUUUUUGGAGGUUGUAUGCUAUCUGUGUUCAUAAUAUUUUAUUUUUAUUAUAA